AUGGAUGCUUCUUCUCAAUGUCUCUCAAGUCUUGUGUGUGAAGUAAGCAUCAUAAGAGCCAAAAAUAUGGAGUUCAAGUCUUCAGGAGACUUGUUUGUCAGAUGCUAUCUUCCAGCAGGAAACAACACAAGAAGAGUCCAACUCAAUAGCAAAAAAAUCUCAUCCGAAUCUGAUUUGUUUUGGGAUGAAUUCUUUUCAUUAGAGUGCCUAGGAACUGAAGAUGCCAUCAACUCAUUAAGGCAAGGCAGUAUUGUCUUUGAGUUGAGAAGCAUUAAGUCAGUUCUUGAAAGACUUACUGGUGGAUCAAAAAUCAUGGGGAGAGCUGAAAUUCCAUUGGAAAAUGGUUUCGAAUCACCAAACAUGGAAGUCGAGACAUGGGUUAGGAUGAAUUCAAAGAAUCCACGCUUGCAUCAAGAUGUCAUGCCCCCCUCAGUGCAGGUAAAGGUGAAAAUUGGAGUUCCAGAGAUGACUAACGAAUGGAGUCAAAAUAAUGACAGGUUGAGGAGGAGGAGGUGGGAUUAUUCAUGUGGUUGCAAAGAAGGUGGAUGUCAAUCUCUUGAUUAUGACUUGUUUGCACUUGGAUUUGCUCUGGAAGCCUUGUAG